GCCCGGGUAAACCGCCCUCGUGUGGAAAAGGUGCGCGGCCGCGGAUGGAGGGGCCGACGGAGCCGAGCCCCGAGGAGGAGCUGGGCCCGGAGGUGGUGCUGCGCUUCCUUGUGGAGCGCGGUGGCCGGGCCGGGCACACCGAGCUGGUGCAGCACUUCAAGAGUGCCCUGGGCGGUCAUCCGGAGCAGCGCGCUCACGCUCGCGCCCGCUUCAAGGAGCUGGUCAAUGCUGUGGCCACUGUGCGCACGGAUCCUGCGGAUGGCGCCAAGUAUGUACACCUCAAGAAGAGGUUCUGCCUGGGGUCCCCUCCGCCAGGGGCCGAGACCCCCGGAGACCUUCCAGGCAUCGAGGUGAACGCCGAGCCCGAAGUUCCGGACUCUCAGGCCGGGCAGGGGGAGAGUGGCCCUUUCCCGGAAUCAGCGGGCCCUGAGGCGCCUUCGGGGUCGGGCAGAGAGCCGAGCGAUGAGGAACCUUCUGCCGCCGUUCAAGGGUCGCUCCUAAGCUGUGGGCCGGCGAGGAAAGACUCGCGACGCGACGUCCAGGCCCUGCCCUCGGCGCUAUUCCCCGGGCCCAGUGAGGACCUGGAACCCCCACCCCAUAACUGCGGAGAGGCUGACGGAGGCAGGUUCCCUAGUGGGCCUACGACCCCGAGGUCAGUACGUCAGAACUUCCGUGACCUGGUGAUGGGCCAUUCCCCACAGCUGAAAAGGAACGUGUGUUUUGGGGGCAGCAGCCACGGGUGCUUUUCUGGGGGAGGGCGCGGUCGAGGCGGGGGCGACUCCGAUAGCGCAUCGGUGGCUUCAUCUGCAGAGGAGGAGAGUAGCGGCGGUGGCUCGGUGACGCUGGACCCUCUGGAGCACGCCUGGAUGCUCUCUGCCUCGGACGCCAAGUGGGACAGCCUCGAAGGGUUGCUCACCUGCGAUCCUGGUCUGCUGGCUAAACGGGACUUCAUCACUGGCUUCACCUGCCUGCACUGGGCCGCCAAGCAUGGCAGGCAGGAGCUCCUGGCCAUGCUGGUCAGCUUUGCCAACAAACACCAGUUGCCGGUGAACAUCAACGCCAGGACGAGCGGAGGCUACACCGCCUUACACUUGGCGGCCAUGCACGGGCAUGUAGAGGUGGUGAAGUUACUAGUGGGGGCCUAUGAUGCAGACGUGGAUAUCAGGGACUACAGUGGAAAAAAGGCCUCUCAGUACCUUAGUCACAGCAUUGCAGAGGAGAUCAAAAACCUGGUAGGAGCCCUGGAUGAGGACGACGGGGAGAGCGCCACUGGCAGCGGGGGUGGACGUUGGAGACUUUCCAAAGUGCUCCCGUCGCACCUUAUCACCUACAAACUCUCUCACGUCUUGGAAGAUGGAGCAGAUCAUCACCAUCACCACCACCUGACUGAGUGUUGGGCCGGAGGCAAAGCAAAAGAUCCAGGUCGCAAAUCCUUGGGCAGUUCUAGUGGACGGAUAAAACCCAGACUCAACAAAAUACGCUUCCGAACCCAGAUAAUCCACACUACACCCUCCUUAAGGGACCAGGAGCAGCCAUUGGAGGAAGGGGAGGAGGUGGAGGAAGAGGAGAGGUCCCUUAAAGGCCACUCAUCUUCCUUCAAAUUGAGACCGAAAUCCAAUGUAUUUGGGUAA